AUGGCUGAGCAGCACGUUUCAUUCAAGGUCGAGGAUCUCUUCUCGGUAAAGGGCAGAGUGGUCGUGAUCACGGGAGGCGGCUCCGGCAUUGGAAAAGCGCUCGCGGAAGGAUUCGCCGUCAAUGGCGCCAAGGUAUACAUCUCCGGGCGGAGACAGGAGGUCCUGGAGACUGCGGCGAAACAGAUUGGCGGUGAUAUACACAUUAUCCAAGGCGACGUGCAGACCAAGGAAGGCUGUUUGAAGAUUGUGGACGCCGUCAAGGCUAAAGAGUCUCAUAUUGACACACUGGUCAAUUGCGCCGGUGUGAGCAGUCCGUGGAGAGUGCCCACCAAGGAUGUGAAUAAUCGUGAGUUUUGGGCAUUGUCAUGCAUAUCCACAAAAGAAACGUCAACUUCGUUCCCCUUCUUCGCAAAGCGGCAGACCCGAAUGCGUCCACCUCGCCAAACAACUCGCCGGCCGGUUGCAUCCGUUAGCUACCCUCCACCUAUCCCAUCCAAAACCACCACCACUAAUCCGGUCAACAGCAUGAAGAUCCGCGUUAAUACUAUCUGCCCCGGCAUUUUUCCAUCUGAGAUGACUGGCGUUACAGCCGGCAAACACGAGUACAAAAUCGGCCACAAGGCUGAGAAAGCUGCCUUGCGGUCCACUGCUGGACGCCCUGGUCGACCGGAGGAGAUGGUUGGGCCGGUCCUGUUGUUGUCGAGUCCCGGGGGUGGGUACAUGAAUAGUGCGUUGUUGACGGUUGACGGUGGAAGGAUGUUGGGGAUCUCGAUUAAUGACGGUAUUCGGAUGCCGGAGGAUACGUACACGUAG